UAAAUAUCAAUAUUGUUUUGUUUAUAUUUGUUUUCAAUGGCUUGCAUUCUAGAAGGGGUUAGCAGUAAAGAACGUAUACUAUAACCUCAUGCCAGUAAAUAUUCUACAGCAUAAUUCUUCAUCAGACUCUGGCUUUAGACAAACAGGUUUCUGGAAGGCCGCCCUCUUUCAGAAAAUGAACUGUUCUUGUGCCCUCGCAUGUCUAGUCGUAUGUUACAUCUGUCAGUGGAAACCACUCAAUAGAUGAGCAAAGAGUCAGGGUAGUAGAAAGCCUUGAAUGCAAAUUUAAUCUUUAGUCUGUAGCCAGUAGCGAUCCAGUGAAAGGUUUAUAGCAGGAGAGUAAGCCAACAAGAGCUGUGUUUUCUGGAGAUGAAUUUGCAUGUCUUCAGGAGAGAGUCAAGGAGGAAGAAAUCAGAGCAUGAGUCCUCAAGCCCCUGGGUAAAAUGAUCCGUUUCAAGGGCAGAUCUCUGCCCAGGUAGGACAGAGGCUUCUCCGGCAUAAUGCAUCCUUUCCUUUCACAUGUCUUUCAGAACUGGUUAAAGUCCUAUGGCUAUCUGCUUCCCUAUGAUUCACGGGCAUCUGCGUUGCACUCAGGGAAGGCCUUACAGUCAGCUGUCUCCACUAUGCAGCAGUUUUACGGGAUCCCAGUCACCGGUGUGUUGGAUCAGACAACAAUCGAAUGGAUGAAGAAACCCCGAUGUGGUGUUCCUGAUCACCCUCACUUGAGCCGUAGGCGGAGAAACAAGCGUUAUGCCCUCACUGGACAGAAGUGGAGGCAAAAACACAUCACCUACAGCAUUCACAACUAUACCCCAAAGGUGGGUGAGCUAGACACACGGAAAGCUAUUCGCCAGGCUUUUGAUGUGUGGCAGAAGGUGACCCCACUGACCUUUGAAGAGGUGCCAUACCAUGAGAUCAAAAGUGACCGGAAGGAGGCAGACAUCAUGAUCUUCUUUGCUUCUGGCUUCCAUGGAGACAGUUCCCCAUUUGAUGGGGAAGGUGGAUUCCUGGCUCAUGCCUACUUCCCUGGCCCCGGAAUUGGAGGAGACACUCACUUUGACUCAGAUGAGCCAUGGACAUUAGGAAACGCCAACCAUGAUGGGAAUGACCUCUUCCUGGUGGCUGUGCACGAGCUGGGCCACGCACUGGGAUUGGAGCACUCCAACGACCCCAGCGCCAUCAUGGCACCCUUCUACCAGUACAUGGAGACACACAACUUCAAGCUGCCUCAGGAUGAUCUCCAGGGCAUCCAGAAGAUUUACGGACCCCCAGCCGAGCCCCUGGAGCCCACAAGGCCCCUCCCCACGCUCCCUGUCCGCAGGAUCCAUUCACCGUCUGAGAGGAAGCAUGAGCGCCAGCCCAGGCCUCCUCGGCCACCCCUCGGGGACAGGCCAUCCACACCCGGUGCCAAACCCAACAUCUGUGAUGGCAACUUCAACACAGUGGCUCUCUUCCGGGGCGAGAUGUUUGUGUUUAAGGAUCGCUGGUUCUGGCGCCUGCGCAAUAACCGGGUGCAGGAGGGUUACCCCAUGCAGAUCGAGCAGUUCUGGAAGGGCCUGCCUGCCCGCAUAGAUGCAGCCUAUGAAAGGGCUGAUGGAAGAUUUGUCUUCUUCAAAGGUGACAAGUACUGGGUGUUUAAGGAGGUGACGGUGGAGCCUGGGUACCCGCACAGCCUGGGGGAGCUGGGCAGCUGUCUGCCCCGAGAAGGCAUUGACACGGCUCUGCGCUGGGAACCCGUGGGCAAGACCUACUUUUUCAAAGGCGAGCAGUACUGGCGCUACAGCGAGGAGCGGCGGGCCACAGACCCUGGCUACCCAAAACCCAUCACCGUGUGGAAGGGCAUCCCACAGGCUCCCCAAGGGGCCUUCAUCAGCAAGGAAGGAUAUUACACCUAUUUCUACAAGGGCCGGGACUACUGGAAGUUUGACAACCAGAAACUGAGUGUGGAGCCUGGCUACCCACGCAACAUCCUGCGUGACUGGAUGGGCUGCAACCAGAAGGAGGUGGAACGGCGCAAGGAGCGGCGGUUGCCCCAGGACGACGUGGACAUCAUGGUGACCAUCAACGACAUGCCAGGCUCUGUGAAUGCGGUGGCCGUGGUCAUCCCCUGCAUCCUGUCCCUCUGCAUCCUGGUGCUGGUCUACACCAUCUUCCAGUUCAAGAACAAGGCAGGCCCUCAGCCUGUCACCUACUAUAAGCGGCCAGUCCAGGAGUGGGUGUGAGCAGCCUAGAGCCCUCUCUGUCCACUCAGUCUGGCCAGGCAGGCCCUUCCUCACCAGGGUCUGAGGGGCAGCUCUGGUCACUGCCCACUGGAGCCAGCAGGGCCCUAGGCUAGGGGUCAUAUAGUUGAAGUGGUGGGCGCAUUGGCCUAGGAUGAAUGUGGGGCAGGGAGUGAUGGCUGCUGUGCCCCAGAUGCCAGCCUUCUGUCCUGGGUAAACUGCUCCCUACUCAAGGGAAUAGGCCAGGCCCCAUGCCAGGUGGAGGCCCUGUGGUCACUGCAUCCUGUGGUGUCCAUGAGACGCCACAGCUUGGUUCCUGGCUGGACCCAGCACCUCCUGUGGGAAGCCAGCACUAGUGCUCUCAGUCCCAUCUGGGAGAAGCCACCAGUCCUGGUCCCUCUUUGCCAACACCUGCUGGUCAGAUGUCCCCCCACCCCCACCCCACUGUUCUCCAAGGCUACAGGACCCCUGCUGCCAACACAGUGGGCAACAAGACGGGUUUCCCCUGCUGGCAUGCAGCAGAUCCCUCAGGAAACCUGCUCCACACAUCAGGGUCUCCUCUGAGACCCAGGAUUUAGGGUCACAUGCUGCAGGCAGGGCUGUGGCCCAGCCGGGUCUCACAAGGACCCAGCUGUCACAUCUUGAACAUUUAAAUGUCCUGUCUCUACUGUUUAAAGUCCCAUUCUGCAAAGGCUGCUUGAGGCUUUAGGUGAAUUAGAGGUGACUGUCUUGGUGAUGAGGCCGGUGACAGGCCAUGUCCCAGGUGAUAAGGACCACGGUGCUGCUAAGGCCACUCUAACACCCAGACACCCCAGGAGCCAGGCCCUCCUCCUGAGACUAAAGCACUGGGGCAGGAGCUGACCCUAUUUCUGGAGGCUGAUCUGAGUUUGUGACCAUCCUCCACUCUCCUUACUUUCUCCCCGUUCCCUCAGUCUCUAGCAGCACUCCAGCCUGUAGCUUGUGGCCUGGGGGCUCAGUCUGACUGGUGGCGUGAGGCAGAAAUGGCUUCAGGCCAACAUCCUCAUGGCCUUGGGUAAGGGAGUCAGGGCAGCCUUCUCAAGUGCUCAGAGCCCAUACCCCCCACGUACCCUGAGGCCCACUCAAUCCCUCAGACUGGAACCUGUGUUCGUAUCAUGAGCUUGGCCCUUGCUAACCCAGCUCUCUAGGCCAUUUUCCUGCGUUGCUCUUUGGAAAAGAGCACCCCCAUGGGUAGUGGCCCCAAGCCUAGGGGCCCACCCUACACUGUCUCUGGCAGGAAUUCCUAGGGCUCAGCUUGCCUCACUCCAACCCAGUAGAGGCAGCUCUGCUUAUCACUGAGACGUCCUGGGCAAGACCAAUGGGUUCAGUGAUGCCCGCUGGCUCUCUGCCAAAUCCAGGAGGUGGUAUCAGUCUUCAGGAUGCUGCCACCCUGGCCCUCUGAGCCUACAAGGACCUUGCCCCCACCCUGUGACCUCUGGUCUUUGGGUCAGCUUAACCUGUAGGAGACAGGGACUUCUGUUGUCCUGGGAGCUAACUGUCUAAAGCAAAAUCUCUUGUCCCAGAGACACCUAUUGGGCUCCACUGUGUUCCCUGUCAUUAUCCUUUUGUGUUUUGUUUUGUUUUUCUCAUUUUGGCCAAGGGCGGGCUCCCUGGGGCGGGUGGGGAACAACUGCGGAGAUAUAAGUGAUUCAUAGGUUUGUACACUGUUUUAUACUUUGCAAAGCACUUUAUUAGCUCACACCUGUCCACUCACAUGAAACUAGUGUAGGCCCUGGGAGGCCAAGGGUAAUUUUCAUCACGCCCUCAAAUGAAGCACAGAGAGGUUGUUACGUGCCCAGGCCUUCCAGUGAGCUGGCUGGGCCUUGGUCUCCACCUGUGGACCCCUCUAAGGUCCAAGAUGAGAUGAGAAGUGUCUCUUUUAUCCAUCUUUUCCUGGCCUCCUUUCUCCCCUUCCUGGUCCCUCUCCACUCCUCAGGUUGGUGCUCUCACUUCUUGAAUGCUCUAGGCCCCGCAGGCUCCCGUUGGCUCCUAAUACUACCCAGGUCAGCUGAGAAAGAGCAGGAGAUGGAGGCAGGCAGCCCAGGCUGCAGAUGUGAGGGAUGCAAGGCUAGACCCAGAGAGGGCUCAGCCUGGAGGCUUCCAAACUCGGAUUAUCCUGCCUUGUGGUCAUCUGUUUGUCCAUUACCCCAGGACAGAGCAGACAGAGGGGCAAAGCCCUGGGGGUCCCAGAGCCCAGCUUCCCCUCAGCCUGGGGAACAUCAUAGCAUUUCAGUGUCAGUCACAUUUUAAACUGAUCAGCCUUUGUAUAAUGUUUUUUAAAAUCAUUUCUAAAUAAAACAAAAAUACAGUC